AUGCAGAAGAUGUCGUGGAAGGAGUUGCUGAUAUCAGAUGAACGCGGCCGACUGAGAGGCGGCGACGGGGUCUGACCAAACAAGAACUCGGACUUUCGUUCUUCGCAGCUCGAAGCAAACGUGUCAACGUGCCACUCGAAUUCGCGAGAAGACACCGGGUCAUAAUUUCGGCCAGCUAUUUGAUCAACCAAGCACGCCGGAACUAAAAUCAGGGAAGUGCAGCGUGGGGUUUUUCGAGAGCCGCGUAUCCACCUUUUUGACCCUUCCAUCGGCUCCUUCACUCGCGUAUCGUUUACCUGUCGUCUGAUUUCCCUACAGUAUCCCUCCGUUCCUCCUUGAUUUUUCCUCUUCAUUUUCCACUGUGCAUUCACUAAUUUUUCAACACUUUCUUAUUUGGAGUUACUUUGAUGCGGCUGCGAACCGCCUUAUUUAUUCUUUUCCGUGAGUUUCCUAUUGCUAGAUGGAAGUAAGGUGAAGCUCAGUGGUGCGAAGAAGCGCGGCGUACUGCGAAGAAGGCGUCAACUGCGAGGUCUGUGAGCUGAUUUCUCCUGGUCAGCCAUGCAACAUUUUCGAACGGCUCCCGCAGCUGGAGUGCGACAACUCUACCAAGUUGGUCACCUCGUUUUACUACCACUCUAAUAAAUGAAAAAAAUAGGCUCAAUCAGUUCAACUUGCGGAACUGCAUUCAUUAACUUUUUUUUUUUCGUUGUUCAAGUUUUCAUUUUAGAACUGUUCUGUACAAACCGAGUCGAUACCUCAUGUGCGUCGACGGGGAGGUCAGUGUUUUUUAAACAUCGUUUUGAUUAAUUUGAUCUCCAACUUAUUUUUUGGGGAGCGUGUGUCAAGCAGGAAAAGCUCGUCACGCAAAGCAAACUAUUUCUUUUUUUCUAUCAUCCGCGUUUUGGUCUUUUUCGGCGAUGCGUCACUUCACAAAAUUUUAAUCCUUUGAAGAAAAAACUUCACGCUCUAUUCUUUCAUUCAUAGUUUCAUUGCCUUCUAACGGAGAUUUUAUGCAUUACAAAGAAAAUGAAACUCUUGACUGGGUUGGUCGACGUAAAAUCUUUAAUGGAUUUUUACUAUGAGUAAAUUUGUCUUCUCAACUCAAAAUUUUUUUGUGCAGUUCAGAAAGUGAAGCCAGAUGAAAAUAACCGAAUCUGAAACUUUGAAAAGUUUUGAAGUUUCAUUCAGAUUCUCUCCUUUGACUGUAGCAGAGACGGAGCGACACCAGCCGUAUUCAACCCAGUCAUCCGAGAAUGCGUUAGAGAGGAUGCCUUCAAGAGAAGAAAGCGUGGAAUCACUGGUUUGACACAUUGCGAAAAGCCGCUGAACUUCUCGCUCUAGGGUCGGCUCGAGUCGGCGACAUGUGCUCCUUCAACACAGACUGCCAACGUGGCAUGUUCUGCGGCGGAGGCGUCUGCAGCUGUCUUUCGGACUUUGUCGCGAUCGCUCAGCAUUGCUGGCCGAGUGCGUCUGUAGAAAUUACUUCGAAUAUAAACCUCGGCAGUCUUUUCACAAACUCUUCUAUCCUUUUCCAGAUUUUUUUGAGCAUUGAAAAAAUGAUAGACUAUUUACCUGAAAAAAUGGGAUACUUGCUCGAAAUUCUCACAAGGUUCUGUAGUCUUACAACGGUUAAUCAGUUUUUCUGACUUGAUUUUUUGUAAAUCAAGAAAGCGCGUGCAUAUGAUUAAUGAUGGCUUGGUUAAAUAACUCGUGUUCCAAAUUAAAUUUCAUUUUUUUGGAAUCGCGACGUUUUUAAAAAAGUAACUCUAUAAUGAGGCUUUCCAGAGCUUUAAAAAGCCUCUGAAAACGCGGCUUCAACAUUAUCAAAAGUUUCGAAAUCUUACGCAUGAAUUCCGUCGACUUCAGCUUGUUUUGAGCGUGCUGCUCUACUUUUUUCUUAUUUACCUCGAAGAAUAGUGUUAAAGUGAGCAAUGGGUUAACAGAAUAAAUAGAGAGAAAGUUUUUGAAAGUUUUUAAAGGUCUAGCUGGAUUUCUUGUUGGCUUUAUUCAUGUAGUUAUAUUUUACACAUCUCCCCAACAAAACAGUAUCAUCCAAAACACGUUCUUAUGUACAGUUGAUUAUGUGGAGAGGGUCCAGUCAUGUUCAGAAGUGAACCCCGGAGAGUCUGGAUGUGUGGAAAAUCGACAGUGCGAGGCGGUGUGGCCUGCCACAACCUGCUCUUCGGCGGGGCUCUGCGAAUGUCCAAAAGAAACCGUUCCGAGCAGAACUAGGUUGACAACUCAGAAAUUCAUCAAAAAAUUAGAAUUGCAGAGAUGGAACUGUGUGUAUUUCUUCGUCUAUUCCUCCGUCCUGUCCUCUGCCAGAGUCUCAUAACGGCAAUCCUAAUCCGGCUACCGUACUCGCCAAUCCAACAUCUCAUCCUUUGAAUCCCGGAAAUUACAUGUGAGUAAAUGAUACCAAUUCAAAAUCAGUUUUACACUAGGGAAUAUACAGGCGGGCAAUUUGACAAGAUCUUAAAAAUAUGAACUCCUUUUUUUAAAGAAAUUACGGCAAUUUUUUUCUGCCCUUUUUCUUUUGUUUUAUUUCGAUAACUUUGAUGUAUGAAUGAGAAUAUUCAAAGUUAUAAAAUGAAGUCAUUUACAGUUUUUUUCGUAUUAUUAAUUUAAAUUUUAACAAAGAAAAAUUAUGUUUUAUCGUUACAAAAAUAUUGUUUUAAAAAAAGAAAAAAAGUGUUUUUUUAGAGGGAUUGCCUAGUUAGUAUGUGAAAGGUUUUUUGUUUCUCGUUUUUGAAAAGGAAAAGUUUCUUUUUUCCUCUCUAUGUUUAGGCCUGUCCUGUGCACCUCCGUGUCGAGCGAGACCCGGACGUCAAACGGCGGCGACGGCUCCACUUGGUGCGUCUAUCCCGACGGCGAGAACGACAUCAACAUUGGCGACAUCUACAACUGCAUUUCUCACCCUCAGGUCGCCGAUUGCAGUUGAGAAAUAAUAUUGGUCGGGUCAACAGCCGAGUAAAAACAAACACUGCGAAUUAGCUUGCCAAUCAUGAGUCAAGUGUCUUUUCGCACUUAUCUCUCGUCUUGGGGAAAUUUUUCCAACUUAUGAAAAUACGAAUGAGAUUUUUCAUCUAUUCGUUUCAGGUCAAUAACAAGCUGUUCCCGGAGUAUGCCGAGAGUGUCGAUGGAGUUUGUUGUCACAAUCGAGGUACAAUUGUUUCGCAAAUUACGGAAGCCUUUACAUUAGAUGACCUCGUGGGGAAUGAUUGAAAUGUUUUAUAAUCGGAAUUUUCAAAUAAAUGUCAUCGGUUAUCUCUAAAAUUGAUGCAAGUGAACGGCGAUUCUCUCAAAACUUCAUUUCAUGUUCAAUUUUUUGUUUAAAGUAUGUUAAUAACCUCUGAGGAUCUUUUAACUUUCGAGGUACGUUAAAGGAAGCGAAUAAUUCCUUAUUUGAAGCCUUCGUAUGCAUUCAACCGCUGGAAUCUGGAGACGAGCCUUCGGUUCCACGUUGGUGGUACAACAGCGCGACCGGCACUUGCGUUCAGUUCAUGUGGGACCCAGACACGAUCAGCAAUGCUUCGCCCAACAAUUUCCGCACCGUCGAGCACUGCGAGAGCUACUGUCGCGAUAGUAAGUUGUGUGUUUGGGAAAUAGAUUCGAAGAGAGUUCAGCGUGUCGUCGCGGAAUGCCCGAGUUCGCCCAGUCCAAGUAUUCGAUUCUGGACGAAGUUCCGCGCACCAAUUGCAUGGCGUCGACGUCGCGCUGCGAUGCCGAGCACCAGUGUUCCUUGAUCGGCUCUCAACAGACCUGCUGUCCAACUGCUGGUAAGUCUCCUCUAUUUUCCCGAUUUACGUGGAGUUCAGCUCACAUCUGUAGCGCACAUGGAGGUCGUUUCUUGUUAACUAAACCUCCUGAAAACUUCGACCGAGGAGUUCUCAUCGCGGGACAGUCUGUCGGCUCAAUUGGAACAAGUUUAAGAUAUCAGAUUUCCAGCAAGUCGUCAACUCGUUAUUAUUACGACGUCGACCAGGGACGUUGUGUUAACUUCAUGUACCAGGGUCUCGGAAACUUCAAUAAUUUCAUUACGAAGCAAGAUUGUGAAUCGUUCUGUUCCAAGUGUGAGUUGCGACAUCGCGUUCAAACGCUAACUCGUAGGAUGUAGUGGUUUGCGAAAACGGCAACCCACUACGGAUCGGAGAAGAAUGGCAGCGCUGCGAGACCAACAACGACUGUCCCUCCUCCCAUUCUUGCCAAGGAAGUCACAAAGUCUGUUGUCCCACUGCGCGUUAGUUUCUCAGCUUCUGCCUCAUUCCGAGCCUUUUCCAUUCAGAAUCCCUUUGUACGCAACCGAAACGGCUGGGAGAUUGCACCUCAGCUGUUCGGAGAUAUUGGUUUGUUGACUUUUUCCUUCAGGCUGCCGGUUCCGAGAAAGAAUGUUUUCGAGACAAUUUUGGAACUAAAACUAGAUUUUUCUCUCGCAAUCCAUGAUAAAUGCAUCCUGUGCGAGGUUUGCAGUAAAAAUACUUCAUUUUUCUCAAAUUCUUUAAAAAAAAACUGCGUUUCCCGGAUUAUAGGAUGUUAUGUCCUAGGACUCAGCAAGAGCUGAAAAAGCCAUACUUCCGUAUUUUUUUCAGGUGAGCAGGCUUUUCGAAACGAAAAUUUUAAGUUUGUUUUUUUUUUUUUUUGAUUAAAUAAGGAUCUCAAUACUUCAAUCAAACUUGCUGAAAGCUAAAUACUUUUCAGAACUCACAUCCUGUCACAUAAAAAGACAUUUUUGAUUAGGCCGAACCAACUCACUCCGAAAAACCUUAAUUAGACCCACAUCUUCUACCUAAGGCUACAGAACAGAUCACCUUAACUCAUGCUGUCCAGGUUUCUCAACGGUGGGCUCAUAUUAAAUCGGCUGCGUGUAUGAAACGCACUUAUAUAAGUUUUAAUUUAAAAAAAAAUUCCUUGCUCCAGCGUGCACCGCAAAAAGUUUUAAAACAAAAUCUCUACACUUAAUCACAAUCAUUAGAAUAUUCGGAAUGUUAAUAGUACUCAAAGUUUAUCUGUUGAACUUUUUUGUCUACUCGUCAACAAGACUUGACCGUUUUCCUUCAACGAUUCUAGGCAUGUUCAAAUUAAAGGUACAAUGCAGCGACGCGAACCUGCGAAAUGUUCCAGUACACCGGCUGCCAGGGUAACGACAACAACUUCGGCUCGUUGGUCUCGUGCCAGCAAAAGUGUCGCGGAAUCCAUGGCAGGAAAUCGGAGAGUUCCGUCAAUGGGUCCAGAUUUCAGUAGAGCCUAAAUGUGUUCACGGACGAGCUUUCCGAGACCGGAAUGGCAGUUUUCAGCAGUGCUCCGACAAGCAGAACGGUCCAAAAUGUCCGGUCAACUACGUUUGUUCCUUCGACGGCAUCACCCACGGUUGCUGUCCCACAAAAUGUCUGCUUUCCGAAGGAUUUUUGUCAGAGUCGUUGUUUUUCAGCCUUCACCUGUUCUCUCAAUCCAGACAAAGGUGUUCAAUGCGGCUCCGGCCGUUCUUACAGGUAUCCACGGCUCGUACUAUUUGUUGCAACGUCGGGAGAAUGUAUCUUUACAAUUUUAAAAAGAUUUUUUUCAACCUCCUUAUUUAUCUCUUACUGUAAAAAAAUAAUUAUAGGUCCGAUUUCUUUAAGAAUUUUAUUGUCAAUUUUUCUCCGUCUUGUUUUCUUUUUAUUUCUAUUUUUUUAUUCACUGAUCAGUUCUGAUUUUUUUAAACUAGAUGAUUCGGCUAACUUAUAGUUUUCGUAAAGAUUCAGUAAAAAAAUUCUUCUCAAAAAUCAUUUCUAAUUCACACAUAUUUUGGCUUUGUCAGCUUCCUCAGAAAAAUUUAUAUUUUUUUGAAGUUUUUUUCAACUGUAAAAAAAUGCAUUAUUUUAAACAUUAUAUAAUUUAAAAAAACUGAAAGAAAAAAAUGUAGUAAAUCAAAAUUUUGAAAAAAAGAGAAGAACAAAUCAAAUUAUCUUGUUAUCUUUUCAGUUUCUUUCAUUCAGAUACUACUUCAACUCUAACAAGCAGACUUGCGAAACGUUCCAGUACGAAGGUUGCGACGGAAACUCGAACAACUUCCUCACCUCGGAGGACUGUCAGACCUACUGUGGCGUCGGCGGUAGAUGAUCUGAAGAAGUCCUAGCCGAGUGCCCUUUUUAGGCUGUCCAAAUGGGGGCGUGCCUCUGAGAGAUGAGGGAACGAACCGGCCGAUGUCGUGCUCCGAGAUGAAACUCUGUCCAUCGACCCACGAAUGUCUUUCCAUCCCCAUAAAUGGAAACGUGGGAAACCGCUGCUGUCCCACCAAAGGUCUUUCGGAUUUAUUUAACUGACGACAAACAUUUCUGUUUUUAAAUUCCUUUUUUUAACACAAAAUUUGCUAUAGAGUGUCAAAUAAGCUGAUCUGAUUACAUUUAAGCAUGUUUCGUCGAAGUCAGAGCGAAGUUUAUUGGUGUCUUCAACUUGAAGACACUUCAAGAUACUUUAUCGAAAUUUAUUGAUAAUUUUUGAUUCCAUAAUUGUUGGUUCGAAAUUUUCUAUUUCUUUUUUCAAUUACAGCUCACAUCUGUAGUCAGCCGCCGCAACAAGGAAACCAUUGCUCCAAAAUAUCCGUGUCGAGAUAUUAUUUCAAUAUCGUCACCAAAGAAUGCGCCAGUUUCCAGUUCAACGGCUGCAAUGGAAACUUGAACAACUUCGCUUCGCCCCAAGAAUGCAACAACUUUUGUUCAUCGGCAGGUUUGACCUCUUUCCAUCCCUGACUCUGAAAAUUGAUAGUUUAUGAUUUAUUUAUUUCUUGGACCAAGAAUCAUUCGAACCGUGAUUUUUGCGGUUCCAAACAAACAAAAUUAUCUUUGUGAACCCAAAAAUUAUCAAGCGAACCCAAAAAGUGAUCUUAGGAGCCUAAACUUCUUUUUACCGCUUAAAAUGAUUGAAUUGAGAAAAAUAACUUAUGAGACUGUUUAGAAUUUAAGAAAAAGUGUGCACCUUAAGAAAAAAACAAAAAAAUCCUUCGAGAAAUCGUAAUUAAAAAAAUUUUUUCUUUGUCUUUUUUAUCAUUUAACAGCAAUCUAUCUGCGCAACUGUGCGGAACUGUGAUUUCAAGGUCGACUUUAGGAUGCGCCGUCGGUGAAGUUGCCUACAAAGACGUGAACACGAAGAGGGCCUACGACUGCAACAACGUCCUAGUGAACAGCUGCCCGGCCAACUUCCAAUGUCGCUUCAACUCGCUCACCUCCGGCUACGUCUGCUGCGGUUCUUCCAGCAUGGGUCCGCGUUCGUCCCCUCAAAGUCCUGGAAAUCUCGUUUCAGACGUGUGUCCCUCGGAGGAACGCGCCUUCAUCAACGCCCUCGACGAGUCGGUCCGCGAGUGUGCCAUCAACAUCCCCGGCAGCUGUCCAGCCGAUUUCCUUUGUCGAUUCAAUGCUCAACGCAACCGCUACUACUGCUGCGCUCCUACCACUGAAAGUUUGUGCCCGUCUCUCACUUUCAACACGAUCAUCGUCUUCAGACGUUUGUCCUGACGGCCGCGCCCUUUUCCGAGCCAAGAAGACUUUUCUCCCAGUGAGGUGUACGCUCAAUUCGCCCAAUGCUUGUCCUGAUGGAUACAGCUGUCAGAGUCGAACUAAGAAUGUUCUACAAGGCUUUUGCUGCUCUGCUAGAAGUUUGUUAUCAACAGAUGCACCUUUACCACCGAUACGGUUUCUCGACAAGAAUUUAUGUUAACCUCCGCUUGAACGAAAAAGAAUAAUUGGGAAAUAUCUGUAGUAUUGAUCAAACCGAUCUUCUAUCCUUUAUGCAGUAGCGGAGAUUUCACAUGCAAGGAAGUUUUAGCAAGUUUGAGAGAAGACUCACGUUAUAAAUUUUUUACCCUUACGGACUCUGUUUUCAUGUUUUUUGUAUACUUCAUGAUUACGAAGCAUCGAUAGGACCGAUUUGAAAAAUAAAGUUCCCAAUUUGAAAGGAAAUGUAUCAUUUUCAGACGUUUGUAAGGGAGACGCAGAGUUUCUGAUGGACGAAAAGACUCGGAUGCCGCGAAUCUGCACUCCAGGAGCCUUCGUUUCCUGUCCGAUCGGCUUCCGCUGCCACCGAAGUCAUCCGUCUGCCACCAACGGGUUCUGCUGCAAGGGCGACAUCAACGCUAUUUCAGGUGGAUUCACCUGCUCACGAAUUCAUGGAACGGUCCAAAACGUCGUGAAAAUCGGAACUUCGGCAGUGAUUGCGUUGAAGUCAAUUUCAAACAAAGUCUAGACUUGAGAACAUUUUAAAGCCAGUUUUCUUUUUGGAAACAAAUAAAAAUUCAACGUGAUGUUGCUGAAUUUGAUUUUUUUUUUUUUAAUAACUGCUUUCAAAACUUUUUCCUUUUCAUGAUAGUGCAAUUAACUGACUUCGAGAACAGAUAAAAAGAAAAAAAAAGAAAAACAUCUGAGAAAAAUGAUAUUGAUCCGAUUUUGAGUGAAGACGUUCAGAAGGAUGUCCUCCUGGAGAGUUUGCGUACGCGAAGAAGAGCGAAAUCGUGGCUUGUGAUCCAUUUAACCCAGAAAAUAAAGGAUGUCCCUCGACUUUUAGGUAAUUCUUUUGGAGUUUUUUCCAGCGAUCAGUGCAGAAAGCAAAAAGUUUUCUCUGAAAAUUGAGCGCGAAUCUCCAAAGCACGACUUUUUUUUCCAGCUGCCAGUUCGCUGUUGCUUUUCAACGUUACCAGUGCUGUGGGAAAGAUCCUAUCGAGGAGGACGAGAUCGAACAGGAAGGCAUGUCUUUGUUUGAGUGACUUUUGAGUGGUUCUUCUCUUUAUAGUUUUACCUGUCGGUCUCUUAUCCUAUCAUAUCACACGAGUAAAGGUCGUGCUAUCGUACUUAUGAAAGAAAAGAAGUGCAACACCUCAAAAGCCAACACUUUUUUUUUCCGAGGCUCAGAAGGAAGAACUCGAGAGCGUUGCGUUUGACCCGCGCCGACACGUGCUAUGCAAACAGCUCCUCUUUUUUUUUGACCGCAAAUUACAUAGUAGCUUUCAUAAAAUGUGACGUCAUUUCCGCAUGUUAUGAAAUUCCGAGGAUUUGAGUUAAGUACACUAUACAGCCCUAAAUUAUGUGGGCUUUGAAAAUUUCGCUUCUCGCCUUUUUUUUGAAUGGAUAUCAACUUUGAUUUUCAAAGAUUAACGUAAAUUUUAGAAAUUACGAGUGAAAAUUUUUGGAUUAUGAGAGUUCAAAUAAAAGUUAUAUCAGAGUUUCCUGAAAAAGUUUUCCUUGAACUUCCGGCUACUUCGCUUUCUAAAUUUUUCAAUCAAUUGAGCUCAAAAGGAAAAAGGAAAAGUUUAACAAGAAAACUGAAAAAUCUCCACAAGCCUUGUCAGUUUAAGAGCGGAUUCAGAACUUGGCUGUCCACUGUCGCAAGUUGCCCUGGUGAGUGACGAGAGACCAGUGAUCUGUACAGCCUCUGGACAAUCUUGUCCGACUGGAUACUUUUGUCAGUUCUCCGACCGGAACAAGCAGUUCCAGUGCUGCGGCCACAAAGCUGGUAGGUGAAGGAGCAGCCGUGUAUCUUCAAUGUCUCUCCACAGGUUGUCCUGGCGACUCAGUGGCCUACCUCGACUUGACUGGAGCCGCUCAGGAGUGCUCCAUGAAGUUGGGAAACUGUCCUUCUGGCUUCGUCUGCCAGAAAACGCGACCAGGAAAAACUAUCUGCUGCACAGGAAGUCCCAUCAGGAAGAGGGUGCGUUUUUUUAUGGCUAGGUUCUAAUAGUAAGUUUUCUCAGCCUCAAGAGAACCGCAAUCCGCCAUUGCUUCCAACGAUAGAAGCUCCAAUGGUGACCAGUGCAGAAGCGACACCUCCUGCGGUUUUUUCGACCACUGCAGCACCAAUCACUCAGCCCAACAACAGCGUACGACCCGGGCCACUGUGUCCUCCCGAAAUGAUUAUGACCAACGGAGAGUGCAAGUACGACCUUCUGUGUAAGACCUAAUCACACAAUCGCGGGACAGAAUUCGCGGCGCCGUCGGCUCGGCGUGUCUUCUUUCGUCACAGUGCACAACUGGCGCCGACUGCGUCAUGCUGAUCUGCGUCUGCGGACGAAACUACCAAGAAGCCGAUGGACUUUGCGAUCGUCUUCCUGAGAGCUCUUCUUCUCCUUCUCCGCCUACAGUUCCUCCCACAACAGCUCUUCCCAAAUCGCCUGCUCCUGCCAUCUGUGGUGAAGGACAAAUUGAAGUAAGACUCUUUCAAGAUUUCUGAAACUGCUUUUCGAAACACUUUCACGAUAAAAUGAGAACGAUUUUCGAAUUUUCAGGGACAAACCUUUCAAAAAUUUGCGGAAAACAGUGAUACGAAACAAAGUUUGUGACAGACCGUAUUUCUGAUCUUCUUCUUAUUCUAAUUUCGUAUGAUGCUCUAUGUAUGAUGCUCACCACGUUAACCAGAUGCAAAGAAGCAUCUAGAGUGUCUGCACCCUAUUUUAUCUCAGUGUCAAAAUUAUAAAAAGUAUUCACAUAGUAGAAAAAAACGUAAAAAAAGGAGGGAAAAAAAUUUGCGCAAAAUGUCAGAAUAUUUGAAGUCGGGACUCCAGAUCUCCUGUUUUUAGUUUUAUAGAUUUCUCAAUUCCAACAAACAGUUCUUGAAAACUAUGAUAAAAAUGAUUUAAAAAAAUGAUAAAAAUGGAAAUUAAUUUCAGAAAGAGGGAAGAUGUCUUUUUUCUGCACGAGUAGGAGCUCAAUGCGAAUUUGAGGCUCAGUGCAGCAAUGGAGCUUCGUGUCGAAAAAGCCGCUGCGAAUGUUCCGAAGGCUUUUCUCCGUUUGAGAACCGAUGCCUGAGUGAGCACUUUGACAAUGUUUUUUCUGAACUUCUGUUCUGAAAUCGAUUUUAAAAAAUUUCAAAAAAGCGUUUGAGAGAAAAUGUAAAGUCUUACAUGAUUUACAAAACUUCUUCAUUUUUUGAAAAAUUAUAAAUUUUUCGGAGACGAAGUCUCAAGUGAAAAAAGAGCUUUUUGAGUUAUUUCGAAUCAAAAAAGCGCUGUUUCUUUAACCGACGCUAAUUUUACGUUAUUGCCAUUAAAAUCGUUCAAAGAUGAAGAACUUUAGAUAACGUCAACUUGUGCCCCAAGCCAAGGACUCCAGUGAUAUUGGCCGAAUACUCCUUGACUCUGUGCAACCGAACGCCCUGUCCGAAACCGUCGACAUGCACCUACUCGAAGAUGAUCAGCGGCUACAUCUGCUGCUCGACUAAACGAAUGAUCGCUCAGCCUCCUCCUCCCAGGAGCAUCACCAUUCAACCCAAAGACCGGUCUGAAGGCCUCAUUUUUUGCUAACGAACCUUGACUUUAGAACCACCUCGGCAGGUUUUGUGAGAACGACGAAGCCUCCGGUCAGGAACAUCGCUGGCGUCACUUCUCAGAAGAGAGUCGCUCAGGGACGAGUCGGCAAACCUUCCACGUCCUUUCUCACCAAGUUCAAGUGUCCCGACGGUCGAGCUCCCAUGAACUACGGCGACACGGAUUUGCCGAUCGGCUGUACUCCUGCCAGAGGAUGUCCUCAGGUCUGACUCCUUCUAAAUUUCCCAUGGCUACCUGUGAAUUAUUUUUUUGAUUAACAAGAUACUUUUUCCUUCAAUCAAUUUCAAUCAAUUUGUUUAUUUUUCGCAACAUCGGGAUGGUAUGGUGAUGUUGCAGGGAGGGAAAAAGACCACUAGGUGGAUUAACUAACCCCACCUGUGAAGAAAAAAAGAAGUUUUUUGUGUAAGAAAAGAAACAUAGAAUCAUAAUAAGUAGAUAUUUAAAACCAAGUUGAUCAUGGCACAAAUCUGUGAACACUUGAAAGAAUAUGCUCGACGCCAACAUUUUCUGCAUACACUAAAAACAUGUCCUUAAACUUUUCUUGUCUUCCUCUGCCAAUAAUUCAUGUUCAAUGUCAUUCCAAACAUUAGUAAUGCGAUGUGAUAAGGAAUUGAAGAAAACCAGUGAAGGUUUCGUUUUUAUUAAUUUAAAACCAUUUCCUCUGAGCUGACUGGGACGGUCAAAGAUGUUAUGUACCUGGAUGGGAGAACCGAUAACAAGCUAGAACUUUGCAACACCCAUACAGUAACCUUCGAAAAAAAGCGGAAGUAAAACUGGUAGCGAGUCGAAUUAUGAGUGGAGAACCAAAUUUAAUGGGUUCUGAUGAUUGUCGAAAAAGUUGUUGAAAAAUAGAAGAAUUUACAGAAAAUUGAAACGGAUAGUUAGGAUGAAAAAUACUUACACCUUGAUUUUGAGUAGAAAAGUUUUGCAGGGCUAUUCUUGCACCAACGGCAUCUGCUGUCCUUCCGGUCGUUCCAAAAGGAAUCCAUGUCCUCGUGGAUUUCUCGCCAUACCCGUGAACGAAAAUAAUACUUACUGCGGUUAGUUACUCCAUACGUUUCAGGACAAUCUUGUUAUGAUAUGCCGUCCAAAGCCAAAUCUUGCAGAGCCACAAUGCAAUAGAAUAAGAUCAGCACCUCCUCUGUGCUCAACCAGAAGAAAAAGGUCGAUUUAG